GGUGAAGCGACCCCUCCUUCCGACCGGGACGCAGACGCAAGCUGGGGGGAAAAGUCUGAGAUCCCACUGCUGGCACCGUACCCAAGAAGCCUGUGGGCUCUGCCCAGAGAGCGAUAUGGAGGAUAUCAUUGAGUAUUUCCAGGACUCAGUGAGCUGGGAUGACCUACAUCUCCUGCUGACUGACCAGGAAGCCUGGGAGAGCUUCAUGGCUGAGGCCAACUUGUCCAGGGAGGAGGCAGAUGUGCUACACGCAGGUCUGUGUGAGCUGCAGGCAGACCUGUGUAUGGAGGGCAGAGAGAGGAUCCAAAGAGACCACCUGGAGGAGAGGUUUUUGAACGACUAUCCCCGGUUGAAACAGGAGCUUAAGGGGCAAAUACGAAAGCUCCACAAGCUGGCGGACAAGGUUGACAAGGUACACAGGGGCUGCACCAUCUCCAACAUCAUGGCCAGCUCCGCCGGCGUGAUGUCUGGGGUCCUGACCAUCCUGGGCCUGGGUCUGGCACCUGUGACAUCAGGGAUCAGUCUGUCACUCUUGGCAACGGGGGUGGGGCUGCGAACAGCAUCUGCUGUGACCACUGUGUCCAGCAGCAUCGUGAAGCACUCGAGCACGUCGUCCGCGGAAGCCAAAGCCCGUCGCCUGGCAUCAGCUGGCGAUAACAGAGGGAAGACCAUUGCAAAGGCUCUGUGUCAGAACACACCCCGAAUGUUUUCCGUAACAAACAGUUUCGUGCGAGUCCUGCGAAACAUUGGAAAGAAUGUUCAUGCCAUCAGGCUGGCCAAAGCCAGUCCUCAGCAGCCUGUGCCAAGAGGUUUGACAGCUGGGAGAGUCUCAGUUCGAAGUGACAAGCGGGUGAAGAAAGUUUUUGGAGGCACUGUUCUGGCAAUGAUCAGAGGAGCCCAGAUCAUGGACGUGGGCACCGUGAUCACCUCCCUUCUGGUGGAUGUGGCCAACCUUGUGGAAGAGUCAAAGCACCUGCAUCAGGGGGCAAAGGCAGAGUCGGCUGAAAGGCUGAGACAGCAGGCCCAGUUGCUAGAGAACAAGUUGAAGGAGCUCAACCGGAUGUAUGAAAGUCUAAAGUAGGGCCCGGCCCCAUGACCUCCAAACAGGGCAGGGAGCAGGGUCAUGUGCGGGACAAAGGCAUGGAGGUACCUCAUGAGAGGAGAAGAGGGGGCCAAAUAAAGUUUUUGAGGGGCGAUUGGGUGGCUCAGUCAGUUACGCAUCUGACUCUUGGUUUCAGCCCAGGUCACCAUCUCACAGCCGAUGGGUUUGAUCCCUGACAAUGCGUUGGGGCUCCUCAAUGACAGCAGAGGCUGCUUGGGAUUCUCUCUCUCUCUCCCUCUCUCUGCCCCUGCCCUGCUCACUCUCUCUCUCUCUCUCUCUCUCUCUCUCUC